CUUGAACCAUAAUACGGAAAUUUCGGUUAUUUGCUUGGAUUUGAUUUGGAUUUGAUUCAUGUGUCUUGCGGCUUGCGGUUGAAAGAAUGACAGUAAUGACGGAUAUCAUAUGGACUCGUCUGUGUGUGUACACAACUGUGGUACACAACACAAAAGGACAAAAACUUGCUUUUGGCCAAGCCACAAAGCCACACGUGGACUGUAAUGCGCUCGUAUAAUUUUAGAUAACACAAUGUUGGCCAGCCACGUACAUUCUACAAAUAAUGCAGACCAAGACUCUGCGGGUGAACCAUUGUCGGCCUCGCCCACAAGAACUGGUAUAAUGCGCAAGCUGUCUCGUGUGUUUUCAGUGCCCCGAUUGGGACAGGGCACUAAUAGCUUAGGAACCAGUAGCUUGAGAUAUGAGGAAUUUGGUGCCUUCUCUGAGGACUUAUCCUCUAGGACCCUCGGAACUUUUGCAGGGGUUUUUGCACCAGUUACACUGUCUAUGUUUUCUGCUCUCAUCUUCCUCAGAAUGGGAUAUAUUGUAGGAAAUGCAGGGCUGCUUACCACUAUUGGUCAGUUUGUGAUAGCAUACAUCAUCUUGGUUUUUACUGUGAUGUCAGUAUGUGCAAUUUCAACCAAUGGAGCUGUUGAGGGAGGUGGAGCAUACUUUAUGAUCAGCAGGACUUUGGGUCCAGAAUUUGGAGGAUCAAUAGGCACAUUGUUCUUUUUUGCAAACAUUGUCAGUAGUGCCCUCUGUAUCUCAGGAUGUGUUGAAGGAUUGAUGGAAAACUUUGGCCCAACAGGAUAUUUGAAGCCAGAUUUGAUCCAAGAAGGCCGCUGGUGGGGUUUCUUAUACUGUACAUGUUUGAACAUCCUAAACCUGUUGGUUUGUCUUAUUGGCGCAUCUAUGUUUGCUAAGACUACCGUUUUCAUUUUGAUCCUUGUUUGUGGAUGCUUAGGUAUCAUGUUUUUCAGUUUCCUGUAUGAAGGACCAAGACAGGUCCAGAUUCCAUUUUCAAAUAAAAACCUGACAAAUGGUACCAUUCCCGUGUUUGCCAACUAUACUGGAUUAAGAGGGAGUACUCUGCAUGACAACUGGUGGCCACAGUAUGCAAAGGACUACACUGCCAAUGAUGAACUGGUUACAUUUUCGACAGUAUUUGGAGUUUUGUUUUCAGGUGUUACAGGAAUAAUGGCUGGAGCUAACAUGAGUGGCGAAUUAAAGAAUCCUGGCAAAUCAAUCCCGUGGGGAACACUUUCAGCAGUGGGAUUUACAUUUUUGGUCUACUUGGGCUGUUCAGUAUUGGUGUCAGCCACUUGCACGGCGUACUUAUUGCAAAACAACUAUCUGUUUUUGACGGGCGUGAGCAUUUGGCCUGCCAGCGUCGCUAUUGGUCUACUGACGGCCACAUGGUCCGCUGCGCUGAGUAACGUCAUUGGAGGGUCUAGGGUACUGGAAGCAUUAGCAAAGGAUAACGUGUUUGGUUCCGCGUUAAACUUCAUCACACGCGGUACCUGGAAAGGAAAUCCAGUAGCAGCAGUGGUAGUAAGCGCCGUGUUGGUCCAGUUUGUCUUACUAAUCGGCUCGCUAAAUUUGAUCGCUCAGCUUAACUCAGUUCUCUUCCUGCUCAGCUAUUUGGCUACUAAUUUGGCGUGCUUAGGACUUGAGCUAGCGGGAGCUCCUAAUUUUAGACCUACCUUCAUGUUCUUCAGCUGGCAUACGGCACUUAUUGGUCUCCUGGGAACGCUGAUAAUGAUGAUGGUGAUAAGCCCCAUUUAUGCAUCUUGCAGUAUUUUGCUCUGCCUGCUACUAGUAGUCUUCCUACACCUCUUUUCGCCAUCUAAAGAAGCAGAUUGGGGAAGUAUUUCACAGGCACUAAUUUUCCAUCAGGUUCGAAAAUAUCUUCUGUUGUUGGACAUACGUAAGGAUCACGUGAAAUUUUGGCGCCCCCAAGUUCUUUUACUUGUGAAUAGUCCACGUACUGCUUGUCCUUUGAUUGACUUUAUCAAUGACCUCAAAAAAGGCGGACUGUACGUAUUAGGACAUGUAGAGGUACAAGAAGGUGAAAUGAUAGAAAAGCCGCAAGGAAAUGAAGCAGAACAAGGAGAAAAUGAAGAGGCGAAGGUUGAUCCUACUGUCACGCAGACCAUACACUGGCUCAAUCUUGUAGAUCAUCUAAAGGUAAAAGCAUUCGUGGAACUGACAGUUGCAGAUAACGUGAGGACUGGUAUGCAGCAUUUAGUAAGACUGAGUGGUAUGGGAGCAAUGAAGCCAAAUACCGUUAUACUUGGAUUUUUAGACAAAGAUGAUCCAACAGAUUUUUUGUCAACUCACUGGUCCGCCUAUUAUAAUGAAGACUUUGAAAACGAUGUAUUUCCGAUAAGGAGCCAAAAAUCUGUGUCUCCAUUAGAAUACGUUCAAAUGAUGGGCGAUGUCCUCAGAAUGAAAAAGAACCUCUGCCUGUGUAGGAAUUUCAGCAAGCUGAAGAAAGAUGUUAAAAGCGUGCGCACGAAAAAAUACAUAGACGUAUGGCCAGUGAAUUUCUUGAAUCCCGGAGAAAGUGAUGCUUUCGAUACGACGUCACUGUUCAUGCUGCAGCUGGCAUGCAUCGUAAACAUGGUGCCUUUGUGGAGCCGAUUGAAACUGAGAGUGAGGUUAUGUGAAGGAGGACAGUCUCAGGGCACUCUUGAGGUGGAAUCUCACCCUGCGCAGGCUGUAGUGACUUACAGAGAUAGACUGACAGAUAUGCUGACAAGACUGAGGAUUGAGGCAGAACUGGCUCCUGUGCAAGAGUGGAGGAGAAUAGUCGAAAGAAGUAGACACAGUGAAUGGGAAGCAUAUGCUAAAAACAUAAAUUCAAUGAUCCUACAACAGGCUGAAGAAACGGCAGUGACAUUCAUUUACUUACCAGCACCGUCAUUUGAGGGAAAAGAAGCCUACUACAAGUUUCUGGAAAUUAUCACGAACAAUACGCCACCGACAAUUCUGGUUCAUGGGAUCAGUACAGUUACCUCCACUACUUUAUGAUAUUUUUUCAUACUUGGCCUCUGACAGAUUAAAUUGACCAUAUUCGGAAACCUGAUAUCAAACAGUAAUUUCAGGCAUCCGAAUUUAGCGAUCCAAAAUCUAUAAUAGUACCCAAAUCAAAUUUAUAUACAUAUUUUUAUAUCUCUAUAUUUAACUCUCUUAUUUACACUAAACAGUUUUUAUCAGGUUUGAGACAACUGCUAAAUCUGAUGAUAAUUCUCAUAUUAUGAAAAAGUCGUCUUCUUUUCUACUUUACCUUUUAUGCUGCUGAUUUUUAACCUAUUUGUGCAGACUAUAAGUAACUCGGAAGUUGUUUUCUUAUUAAAUGACUUAAAUAUGAUAAAGCAUGAGUUACACAGCUUCACAAAAAAAUAAAAAUAGUGGAAUAUAUUUCCAAUCUAGGAAUUGAAAGUGUUUAAUUAUCAUUAAGUUAAGGUGAAAAAUACUAACAUAUCGCAUAUUUGUCGACACCUUACAAAAUAUUAUCAUUUAUGUAAGUCACCACCUUAAAUUUUGUCGUAUCAGUAUUGUGUUUAACAAAUAAUAAUCAAAAAAUAUAAUACCGGAGAUCAUUGCUAACAUAAUUAUGAAACAUAUAGGAAUAUAAUAUACAAUUCUUUUUACGUUUAUUUUUUAUAUAGCGGUGCUAUGUUUAAUCACAGGAUACAAAAUAGGAACGCAAGUUGCUAUUUUAGUCCAAUUUUUAUUACCCGACUGCCUCAAAAGGAGGGUUAUGGUUUUCGCGCGAGGGUAUGCGUGAGGACAAACAAUUUUACUUCUACAAUUAAAUCUUGAUUCUUCCCACUUACUGCAGUCGGGAUGUUUGUACUAUGUUCUUAUUAAAAAUAUGUAAAGCCUGUGAUCUUUUUAUAUAGUGACGUUAUAAAUAUGUAUGACUAGCUAAUACUCAAAAUUUAUACAUGUUAAUAUGUCUUACAACUUAUUGAUACAUAAUCCACAAAAAGAAAUAAAUUUUUAUACCUA